AUGCCAUCCUCCCGAACAUAUUCCAUCCAGCAAGCAUCUGAAAAGAUCGCACCUCCUAUGCAUGAUGACAGCUCCAAAACUGAUAUAACGGAGGGGGUCGGCGAGGUCUUCCAACAGGCCGAGUACCGCGCCUUGGGAUGGAUCCGCACCGCAAUCAUUCUCAUGAAGCUCUGCUUUGCCACCGGUGUAUUAGCUAUUCCGUCGGCAUUUAGCAUUAUCGGAUAUGGACCUGGAGUGAUUCUUCUCGUCUGUUGGGGCGCCCUGACAACUUAUUAUGCCUACAUAAUGUACGCCUUCCGAAUGAGGUAUCCCGGUGUCCACAAUAUCGCCGAUGCUGCUGGUCUCGUGGGUGGCCCGAUUGCCCGUGAGCUUGCCAGCGCGCUCUUUCUCCUCACUUGGAUUCUGGCGUCUGGUUCUGGUUUCAUUGGACUCUCCCAGGGCUUUCAAGUACUAUCCACCCGUCAUGUUUGCACCGUUGUUUGGACCCUAGUUGCUGCCAUCUGUACUAUCUUGGUUGCUAGCAUCCGGACCCUGGGCAAACUCGCCAUCUUAACUUGGAUCGGAUUUGCUUCCAUCUUCACAGCUGUCUUCAUAGUCGUUGUCGGUGUCACCCAGGUAGACCGGCCUGCCGCCGCUCCACAGGAGGGUCCGUUCAACAUGGAGGUCGUGGCUGUUGGUUCGCCGACUUUCAUUCCAGGGUUUGUCGCUGCCAUCAACCUCUUUGCUGGCUACGGCUCUACCCCGACCUUCAUGCCCGUGAUCGCGGAGAUGAAGACUCCCAAGUCCUUCACCAAAGCCCUUUUCACAUCUCAGGCAUUCCUAGCUUCCUGCUAUGUCUCCUUCGCGCUGGUUGUCUAUAUUCCGUCGCUGGGUAGUGCUGGUGGACUCCUCGAGAAGGUUGCUUACGGCAUUUCCAUCCCUGGUUUCAUUAUGACUUCCACCUUGUGGGUUCAUCUUGCGGCCAAAUUUUUGCUGGUCCGCAUUCUCCGCAAUUCCGAACAUCUCCAGGAUCACAGUCUUAGUCACUGGACAGUCUGGCUGGGCUCAACUCUCAGUAUUGGCGCUCUUGCGUUUAUCAUCGCCGCUGCUGUCCCAUUCUUCAGCUACCUCAUCGGUCUUAUCGGCUCGCUUUGUUGCGCUCCGACUUGCUUAAUUAUUCCUGCGUUUAUGGGCCUGUACAUGGACUGGGAGAAGCGUGGAACAAGCAGGGCCAAGGCUGCCAUCUGCUAUUUCCAUAUUUUUACGAUCGUUCUGGGCGCAUUCAUCACCAUUACUGGCACCUACACUACAGUCCAGAGCAUUGUUGAUGCCUAUAAACUUGGCACCGUCGGAAAGCCUUUUACUUGUUCCUGA